AUGUUACCAUCUUUGUGGUCAUUAAAUAUUCGAUUUAAUUCUCUUAUAUGUUCAAUUCUUUCAAUAAAUAACAAUUUAUUGAAUAGUGGUCUUGUUAUUGCACGCGGUUUAUCUUAUAAUAAAUGUUGUUCAAUAUUAUUUCCAUUGAUUUUAAAUUCUUCACCUCUUUCUUCUUCUAUUCAACGUAUUCAUUUCGAUGGAAGAAAUUCAUCAGCUUCUGAUCUUUGUUAUGAAUGGUUAUUUAAUGAUGAAAAUUUACUUCAUUUUCCUAAUCUUAAAUCACUUGUUCUUACUCAAUGUGGAUCAAUUAGAUCAAUAGUUCAAACUUUAUUACAUCUUAUUCAAUACCAAUUAGAUAACCUUACAUUAACAUUUGGCAAUAACGUGUUGCAACACAUGCUUUAUGUGAAACGGGAUUCAGUAAUAGAUUCUGAUAUAGUAUCAGUUGAAUUUGAUUGUGCAUUAUGUUCAUUUGCAUCAUGGACAUCAAAUGUUGAAACAUUGAGACAAUCAAAGACGAAUUGGUUUAAUAAAAUACCAAAGCUACGAUAUUUUAGUUUAAAAUCUUUCAUUGGAGAUGAUUUAGACUUUAUCUAUUUGAAAUGGCUGCUUAACAAUAUGAAUUAUAUUGAAAAACUUCAAUUUCAUAUUAAAAAUGAAAAACUAAUCAAAGGAAGAUCUCAAAAUAUAUGGAAAUCUUUGAUUGAUGCAAAUUUCAUUCAUCAAUAUUGUUUACCUGAUAUAAUACCUAAUUUAAUUUAUUUCGAUUUUUAUAUUUGUUCUGAAUGUCAAUUGCCAUUUAAUGAUAUUGAAAAAAUAACAAAUUCAUUUAAAAUUCAUUCUUUUUUUAUUGAACAUCAAUGGACAAAUGUCAAAUGUUUAUUUGAUCCAAUUGCGUCAUGUCAACAUCUUUUUUCUUCUUUUACUAAUACAUUUCAAUCUUCUGAUAGUUUGAUUAAUUAUUCAUAUAUUUGCAAUUGGUCAGCUUUUAAUGAUCAAUGGUUUAGUUUGCAUCCAUCACUUAGUUUAUUUCUGGAACAAUUUAAUGAAUUAUCUUCUAAUGUUUCUUAUAUCAACAUAUAUAAAAUCUUUACCACAACACCAAAAGGUCGAAAUGAAAUACGUGAAAAAGUGCUUGCUUAUCUCAUUUCAAUGACUGUACAACUUAAAUAUCUUCUGGUUGAACGAUUUGAAUGGCUUUUACAUGUUGUUGAAUACGUAAGUGAUUACUUUAUUUGUAAAUUUAGUGUAUAG